CCGCUCAGCCAUCUGACCCCCCUAGAUGAUGUCCACCACAGUAACGCCAGGGUCUCAGCAGACCCUGGGCGUGAGGGAGGACAGGGGCUACCUGCAGGUCAUGAAGAUCUGAAGCACACGUUGAAGCCACACACACACACACUCUCUCACCUCUCCUGUUCUUCCUCCCCCCAGGGCGGAGUCAGCGAAGAUGACCCAGCAGAUGCGAGAGCCUCACCCCCCCCCCACCAGGAAGGCGGCCAGCUUGUCCUCCCCCAGCGCCGCCCGCCGCCUCUACAGGAACCUGUCGGGGAAGUUCCGUGUGGGCUCGGCCGGCCUGGGGCUGGAGGACAGCGUGGUGUCCGGCCGCGGAGACAAGGAACGCCUCCGCAAGUCCACCAUGUUCCAGAGUAACGAGGCUCUGUUCGAGGCGGUGGAGCACCAGGAGAUGGACCUGGUGCAGCUGCUGUUAUCUCAGUACAGCCUGGAGGAGCUGGACCUGAACACCCCUAACAGUGAAGGCCUCCUGCCCCUGGACAUAGCCAUCAUGACCAACAACGUCCCCAUGGCCAAGCUGCUGCUGCGCGCUGGGGCCAAGGAGAGCCCCCACUUCGUGAGUCUGGAAGGCCGAGCGGUGCACCUGGCCACGCUGGUCCUGGAGGCGGAGCAGCGCGUGGAGGCCCUGCAGGCCCAGGUGCGGAGCGAGGGCCCUGGGGAGCGGGAGGGCUCAGACCGGGAGGGCUCAGACCGGGAGAGGCAGCUGAAGAGCUGGGAGUGGAGGCACCGGCUGUUCAGACGCAUGCAGACGGGCUUCCAGCACGCCGGUCCUCCGGAGGCUCCCAGCAGUGUCCGCCUGUCUGUCAGCAGCAGCACCAGCCUCAGGGUGGACUACCUGGAGCCCCUUAGCGUCAACUCAGCUGUGGUCACCAAGUACAAGGUGGUCUGGAGCGUUUCUCCAUCCUUCAGUCCUCAACUGGGAGAGCUGCUGUUGGAGGACACCAGUGUGUUACAGUGCAACAUCACAGGCCUCACUCCGGGGACUUACUACUACGUCCAUGUGUCUGCAUACAACAUGAAGGGCUGGGGCCCCCCCCAGAUAUCCACCCCUUCCUGUGCUACCCCCUCCAGUUGGAGGGAGAUCGACGGGCGUGCGCCGCGCCAGCGAGGCCAGAAGGAGGCGCUGGACCGGCUGCUGGGACAGAUCAAAGAGGAGCAUCGCCACUGUUUGUGCCACGAGCAAUGCAAAGCACCACCACAUGUCAGAAAACACUCCGUAUCCAAAAGCCUUCGCCAUCUCUUCCAACCCACCAGCAAAUUUGUCAAAAGCUUGAAAAGGGGCCUGUAUUUGACCACCAUCCUCUACAGAGACGACAACAUCCUGGUGACCCCUGAGGACCAGAUCCCAGUGGUGGAGAUAGACGACUCCUACUCCAGCUCUGUCAUGCAGGACUUCCUGUGGUUUACUAAGGUGUCCUACCUGUGGGAGGAGAUUCCCUGGCUGCAGCAGUGCCUCAGCCCCUCCCAGUCAUCCUGCUCCUGCACCCUGCAGACACGCCUCAAGAUGCUGCAGGCCGUGUCGCACCUGCAGGGCAUGCUGGGAACCCAGGACCUUGGACAGGUGUAUUUUGAGCCAAUCAAAGACAAGCACGGCAACGCCCUCCUGGUGUUGAUACGAGACAUGAGCGUCUGUCCACCUCUGGAGGGGGUGCGUUGGACGCAGCUGUGCAAGCUCCAGCUCCAACGCAAGUCCAUAUCAUCCCCGGAGGAGCCUACUGCUCUGGACAUGCUGCUCAUCACCCUCCACGAGAAGCUGGCCUUCCACAGAAGGAGCCGGAAGCUGCUGUCGCCAGGCCUGUACCUGGGUUACCUGAAGCUCUGGAGCUCCGUGGACCAGAUCCGAGCCCUGGUCCCCCAGAAACUGCCCAACGUUCUGUGUCACACCAAGAUACGAGACAACUGCAACGUUUCCAGGGAGGAGUGGCAGUGGCUGCAGGCUCUGGCCUCGCUAGACGAGUCUCUGGAGAUGGACCAGGAUGUGCAGAGCGCUCCACACCGCCUCCUACAGGACCUCCGCAGCGCUGCCACGGACCUCAUGGCCCACAUGAACAUCCCCGUCAGCCAGGCUCAGUACUUCCGUGUUUACAGCCAGGAGGUGUUGGAGUUUGGGGAGAAGGUGUCCUUCCUCCUGCUCCUGCCCCCCUCAGAUGACGUGUGCACAGCCCCAGGGCAGAACAACCCCUACACCCCCCGCUCCGGCUUCCUCACCCUGCCCCUGCAGAUCUUUGAGCUGGUCCACUUUGAGGCCUACAGCCCCAGCUUCAUGGGCCAGUACUGCAGGGUGUCGGCCCUGCUGGAGCUGGAGGCCCUGAUGGCCCAGCAGACACUGAGAGAAGCCUUCUCUGAGGCCGAACUCAACACCGCCAAGCAGAAACACCAGAAGGUCCAGGAGCAGAUACAGCACAUGGAGGAGAUCUGGCGCGAGGCUCGCUGGAUGAUGGACGCCCUGCAGUACGCCCGCUACAAGCAGCCCACGGGAGGCCUCUCGCUGGCCUGGAUCAUAGACUUCUCCAAGGACGUGGUGCCCGACAAGCCUCAGUCCACCUCCUCACAGCCAGACUACCUGCCCUCCCCCAUGCCCUCGCCUGAGCCCUGCCGCAAACACUCAGACUACCACGGCCUCUCCGACGAAGAGGGCUCGUCCGAGGUCUUCCUCACCACCGACAGCGACUACGACUCCAGCCGCGCCCAGAGUCCCCGCGAACUGGACCUCCUCCCCUCCUCGCCCCUCUCCUCCUCCUCCUCCGCCCCGCCCGAGACCCCCGGAUACCUGCGUAGCGACGGAGGAGGAGGAGGUGGGGGAGGAGCCCUGAGCGACACCACCCCCGACGUCCUCCAGGCCUCGGACCCCCAGCCGGGCCCGGGGGCGAGGGUCGGUGGGGGGGAGAGGCGGCGGGGCAGGGGGGGCCGGACCUCUGGAGCUCUUUGACAGUGACUUCAUCCUCCCGAGCCGGCAGAUCGAGCUGCUACGCAUCACGGAGAAGCGGCAGGCCUUCUGCGUCCGGACCAGCAGCUUGGAGUUCCCC